AUGUUCAGCUCUCAGGGGGCAUGUCCUGACUGCCGCACGGCUCGGACACCGGACGACGAUAAGGAGCAGGCAUUGGUCACCAGCAAAGCUCUUGUUCAUAAUUUCCAAACACUCGCAAUUCUCCUAGAUUCUGUCAGUAGGUGUGUUUCCGGAUUCCUUCCGCCUCACCCCUCUUUACCACACGCUAAUACCGCCGCCACUUCCAGUGCAGGGCAAACGGAAAUCCUCACCGCAAACAUUAGGGAUUCCCUGGGAGCCUCCUUUUCCUCAUGUCUACUAAAGGGUGGAGGCGGUUCGCAGUUGCCUCAGGAACUAGUGCAGAAGACGAUCGGAGUAUUGGAUCAAUUUCACAAGCUCAGUUCCGGGCCCCCAAAGUGUCCAACAAUCCCACAGAAGCGAGGGGCUGCCAUCAAUGGGGAGAAUUGCAAGCCGUCUCACCAUCCACUGGAAGAAUGGAGCCUCCUGGAAAAGAGAACUACGACGGAAUUUUAUUACCUAGCAAGUAUGCAGGCUUUGGAACAAUUGAAAGACUUCGAGUCCGGGAAUAAUAGGUUUGCUGCAUACCCUGCUCUGCUUGUUGCUUUAGUGAUGACUAACUCUCAUUAGACACAAAGAGAGAGACAAAUAUCCCUUGAUCGCACAGUUCAAGAACCUGGUUUCUUGCGCAGAUACUUCCGGCCUCCUGGAGGAAAUGGUCAGGCGGAUACUCUCUGACCCUAAAUAUAGGGGCACUCCAAACGGAGAACGGGAAUCGCGGCCCGUUCAGGAGAGCACGGCUCUCGGCUUUACAAGGUCUGCAUUAGAGGAAGCUCCGAUACCCCCCAAGACUCCACAUAUAUCCCCGAGGCAAGGAGCCGAACAAUUGAGCUCUAAUGGACACAGAGAUAUUGGCCUUCACGAACCUUAUCACCCUCUCGGUCCACUACUUCCUCCAAGACUAGUCGUUUCCGAGGACUUCCAAACACACUGGAAGCCGGAGGGAGCCGAUGCUCCUAGCAAUUUCGGCACAUCUAGCGUUUUCGGCAUUACCGUAGGGAAGCAAAAAGCUCCCCACGACGCCGUAGAUGUAAUUCCGAAGGGUACUGAACCCGCCCAACCCCAUUCCGGCUUAAUUUUCAAGACUUUCGCAGCCGUCAACCUAACGUCCUUUACCGACCUUUACAAACCAGUCGUAGGUCUCACUUGGCAUCCUUAAGGGAAUGUCUACUGACACUUUGCAUAGCUAUUGGACUAUUUUCCAAUCAGAGAUAUCCCAAAGGAGCACUCUCCUGUUCUUAUCGUUGAUUCUGCAGCUACCCCACUUACGUUCACAACUUUCUGGCGCAACCUUAAUACAACGGAGGCCUCCAAGAUAUUCCGGUGGAUGAAUGUGUACCGGGCCACCGCCUUGGACAUCGCGAAUUCCUUUAAGAAGGAUCUUUUCUCCUAUGACGAUUUUGUCAUGCCCCAAGGUGGCUCUUGGAUACCGUUUCGCUAUCCUCGGGUUAGAUUUAUCCGAGACAUGCACGCAAACUUUAAGCAGAUGUACAGCGAAUCCCCGUGGAGCGGGGCGGAGACCAUAAGGUUCUUGAAUACUUGCGGGACGUGCCGCAGUCUAACCACUGACUCUUUCUCAAAGCCCAGAAAUAUAUUUGAUAACAGUGGGAGAGCAUUAUUACUUUUUGCGAUAAGAUUUGAUGGCAUAAACGUUGUCUUCCAAGACUCUCUCCGCCAGAUUGUGGUCCCUGCCAGCCAGACCUACACAUCUCCUGGCAAAACGCUAAUCAUCACCCCCGUACUUCAUGACCCCCAUCAGUCCUUCGACGAUCUCUCCGCAAAAACUACCUUUGAAGUAUCCUCCCAGUUUAGUUGGCUGAGCUGGGACCAAGUCCUUCAAAGCUUUCUAGGAAUUGUCCCAGAAUCGCUACUCACGGAGGCCCAUACUAAAGCAAUCUCCCAGCUCCAGGGUCUCUUCAUUGCCAACAUACCUAUUAUUGCGAGAACUGUAGUAGCUUUCUCCAGAGGUGUUCAAUAUGAAACGAGGGUAAGGGCACAAGUCAAGCUCCGGAUUUCUAAAAACCUGUCGGUGCAGGAUAUUCGCAUCUGGGAAGAACAAAGAACCAAAUAUUUGUCAACCAUAGGACCCAUUUCUAGGCCAACAAGCUCUAGUACUGCUCCCGACUCUACCCGAGGUGGAAAAAAGCCCCUCCCCGAAGCAGAACACGAACGAUGCGUUGAGUGUGAUGAAUUUUACAAUUCUCCAGGGGUAUCCGAAGCUCAGGCAGCAGAAGAUCAACCAAGUCCAGGAGAUAGUAUUUUAGUCUUCUUAUGGGGGCAGGGGUUUAGCGAAUGGAUGAAUAUUGUUUUUCUGGCGGUCCCGCAGGUAGGAAGUGCGAAGUAUCACAGAGUCUCGAAUCCCGACAGCAACCCCUUAAGCUCCAAGAAUAUCGAACUAAAUGCGGGCGGGGGCUCGCGCUGCCCUCUGAUGGAUAGAGUCGUGAGUUUCCCCCCGUUAAUAUCCCAAUCCAGUACCACAUGUUAACACAGAUCAGGAGAAUCAAAUGUUUCGGAUCGGAGUGGAACUAGAGAUAUGGGCAAACCACGGCACUCAUUCACGACUCCAUCGCGAAAUUUGCAACAACCUGGAGGCGUCCACUGGGGCCAUUGGAUUAUUUUACGAGAGCGAUAUAAAAUUCAUACCGAGUUUCACUGCUGUUGGUCCAAUCGAUACAUUGGAUGGAGAAAUCAUAAACUCCGCUAGAGGAAGCCGACCGAGAGACACCUUGUCUAAAUCCAGCACGUCUUGGACCAAAGCGAUCUUACAAAAGGUACUAGAGCAGCUAGCGUGCUUCAGAUACGACUUUAAUGAAACGAUCAAGAUCAAUAUCCAUAUCGGGAUUGAAGCAUUCUCGGGCUAUGAACUCAGGGAAGUCAAGACGAUAGCCAAAGCCAUUAUUUUGUUUGGUGGUCUGCUCAAUGGCAUUGGGCUCAGGCCUAGUCCGGGUCAUCACAAAUGCUGCCUCGAUACCGCCGUGAGGGUCCGCUCUAACGUGAAGCACAUUCAGGCCAUAGACGAAGCAUCUUCCACCGAAGACGUUGCGAAGCUCAUGAACUCCCUAGAGGCAUCGGGUUAUACAUAUCAUGGCGAACCAGGUCCAGAAAACCAACGUUAUGACUUCAGUUGCGUUGAAAGUCAAGCGGUAAUAAUUUGGAUCCAGAUUUUCCCCAAAUUUGACGCGAAGGAUGUAAUCGAUUGGAUAUCAAUGAUAUUGCUCUUUAACAGGACGGCGAUCUCUGUGGAUUCCUCCUUGUAUGCCGAUCUGUCCGGAAAGCCCAUUACGUUGGCUAGUUUGAACGGAUUUAUUGCAAAGGGCUAA